AUAAGCCAAUCUAUAUGCAGGGACAGACUGUCCGCUUUAGGGCCAUACCUAUCACCACUGAUUUAAAAGCAUUCUCUGAUGCCAUUGAUAUCUAUAUGCUUGACCCGAGAGGUGCUAUUAUGAGGAGAUGGCUCUCCAGACAAAGCAAUUUAGGAGCUGUGAGUCUUGAAUAUCCAUUGUCUCAGCAACCGGUUUACGGACAGAAUUGGACUAUCCGUGUGGUAGCGCAGGGACAGGUCGAGGAGAAACAGUUUGCUGUCGAAGAAUAUUAUCAGACGAGGUUUGAAGUGAACGUAUCGAUGCCGGCUUUCUUCCUCCAAACAGACAGCUAUAUAUACGGCUCUAUUAUGGCUAACUUCACGAGUGGUGUACCAGUGAUCGGCAAUCUUACAAUAGUCUACACACUUCUCUCGUCCAACAAACAAAUGGUUUCGCAAAAUUAUUUCGAUAGACCGGCCAUUGAGACCACAGAACGAUAUUUUAAAGGAUACUAUGAAUUUCGGCGCCCAAUGACUGAAAUCAUAGACCAAUUGGGCGGCGGGUCGGCGCUGGACGGGGCGAAGAUUACGGUCACGGCGUUUGUUGGCGAACGGUUCUUAAACCUGAUCUAUUCAGGUCACGCCCGCGCCUACAUCUUCAGCUCCAAAGUGAAGCUCAAACUGUUGGGCGCUUCGCCA